CUCAUGACACGCUAGUUUUUUCUCUCUUUAAUAAUUAUGCUAAGUAUAAAUGGACAGUACUUAUUUGAAAGCGAGAUACGCCGAAGAGCAGACAGUGUCAAAGCCGAGACGGUUCAACCUAGUCGAAAUCUUCGGUCAAAGUAGUCAGCGCAUAUUGAUAGGAAUGUGACUGGUGGCGCUGUUGUCCGCGGUUAAGUUAGCUAACGUUACUUGUCUGGACGUCUUCCAGCACUGUGACAAAACUAUGAAAUGUUAUAAACUGAUAAUUCCUCAGUUGAAAGUAAAAUAAGUGACUCAGAUAUGCUCCCGAAGAUCCAGUUUUCUACAACAGAAGAUUUGCAUAUCACUGUAUUUCAAGGAGAACUCUCACCUGACUGACUCAGCUACCCCUGAGGUAUGUUGUGUUAAAGAAACACCUAUGCAGGUGGAUCCUACACUAAUGAAUGUAGGGGAUGGAGGCACGGUGAGCAGAGAGAUCAGUGCUCCAAAUAAAGUGUCUGCUAGUAUGGUGGGAAAUCCCCCCCAGACGCUACCCCCUGAGUUUAGAGGAGAUGUUACCCUCAGUCAGCAAAACAAGACCACUCCAACAACAGACUGUAAGACAGCAAAAGCCUGCCUGGACAAUAGCAAUUAUAACCACAGCCCUGAGCCUUCUGCACCUCAACAGCCCAACAAUGCACCAACGUCCAGCUCAGCCCUCACUGGCUCAGAGAAGAGAGCAGACAAAAGGGCAGAGGCCCCUAAACUCAAGGCUGAUGGUGUUGUGGCCUUCCCCACUCCUCAGUGGUCAAGUGGCGUAAAAGUCAGCCGGGAGGACUCACUCAACUCCUGUCACAGCAAUGUGACAUCCAGUAAGAAAUCGCACCCGCAAACACAAUCUGUGCAAAGUGUUUCACCUGGGUUUCAGUGCUCCACCAUGUUUAAACCAGUCCAGCCUGUUUCCUUCCUUCCUUCCACUAAUUUUUCCUCUCCACUUUGUAAAAUCACUCUUCCACCAGCAUUAGGUCAGAUUGCAGCAUUGAGAGAUGCCACAGCCAGUCAGUUUCACAAAGAAAUUCAGCCUCAAAGCUCAGGUGUUGGAGGGACACCUCUCAUGCGGACCUAUCCCUAUCCGUUCUCGGUAGGCCGAACUCCAGCGGCAGAGAAAAAAGCCGGCGCAUCAUCAUCAAAACUUAAAUCUAACCAUUCAUCUAAUAAGAAUGCCAAAUCUGUGGGAGAGCAUACAUCUUUAGCCUCAGUGGUAGCCUCACCAGCUAUUGCCCUACCAUUGCAGCACCCGUCAUUAACUCCUGCAGCACCCACCCGCUACACGCUGUCUCCCACUGCUGCCAUUUGCUGUGGCUCUGCAUUGGCCAGCAUCACCUCUCAGAGCAGACUGCUGAACCAUGUGGAGAAAGGCAACAGCAUAGACAAAACAACCAUGGGCUCUCUUAAAAUGACACCUCCCUCUGCUUCAGAGGACUAUACAGCUUGUUCAGUUGAACCAAGAGAUGUACCUCUUGAUUUAUCUGCUAAAUCAAAACGUCCAAAAUGCAUAAGUGACCCUCCUGUUCUGAUGAUUGAGCCUCAUAAUAAUGAGUCAAAUCAGAGAGAUUUUCUGAACUCAAAGAGGACUCAUUCUACAACGUAUAGCUCAGCUGUGCAAUACCCUAACUUACCCAACACCCACAGAAAUGGAUCCCAUCAAAAGCAAAUAAAUAGGCCUCAGAAUCACCCAGAGCCCAAACCAACCUGGAGUAAGGGAUCUUCACAAGACUCCAUAAAAAACAUCCCUGGAACUUAUGUAGGUGUGGCUAGCCCCAUACUGGCUUCUACUCUACGGGGCAAAGAUGGACAAGGGUCUUUUGCAGAUGAAUUUCAGAGUUUUGCAAAGCAGGAGUUUAUAUCUAUAAUUGACCAAGGAGAGCAUCUGGCCUCAGGAGGAAAGAAGCCAUCCUGUCUGGUGAAGGGCAACCAACAUGCUCACAGCGUCAAGCAUGUUAAAAACACCAGCACAGCCAUAACUAAGAACUGUCCCUCUAAAGGAGCCCUAACGACCGCCCUGUCAAGCUCUGCCAGUGCUCAGACUCAUCAGAAAUCUGGAGCUGGCAAAACAGCAGUGCCAUACUCUAUCACUGUUGUUAAUCCAGCUUGGCAGCAGCCACCUCUUCUUCCGCACCAAGCCUCGUCUGUUCAGAGAAAAAUCACACAAGGAUCUCCAAAGAUGAAGGGCAUCACAGCUACAGAAGGAUCUAAGUUUCAGAGUGCCCAGCAGAGCCCGUCCAAACCGGAGGAUGAUAAGUGGGAGAGAAUAAAGUCUCCCCUGUCUAACCUCGCGUCCAUCGUAAAGCAGCAAGCUCUCGAAACAACAGCACAGACAGGCAAUGGUAAUACUCAAGCCUCACCUGUUGCGUCAAGAAAAGCUGAUGUUCUGAAUCCACUCUCUGGGAGCCAAGACACCCAAUGCAAACAGACUUGUGCUUUUGAAUACCCAUCAUACUGGUCUGUGGAAAAAUGGGCCGGUGUGCCAUCUCAAGGGGAUUCAACUCAAGAUAUGAAGAGGCACGAGAAGGUGAACGCCACUGAGCCUGUAGAGAAUAAUACUGAGUUAAACACCAGCAAGGGAGAACACAUGGGACUACAAGCAAAGCAAGGCUCCUCAAAGCCCGCCGGCCAGUCUCCUCUCUUUGGGAGCAAUGCAUCAACAAAUGGGAACAGGAUGGAGAGCAAACUAGCCCAGGUGUUAGAGGGGGAGAUGUUGAAGAAAGAAAGUGGGGCGUCAGACGGUCCUCCGAGUGAAAAAUUGGAAGGCAUGGUUGCGUCUAUUCUUACAGGCCAGUGUGUGGCGGGAGGUGACAAGUUUGAGACGAAAACAAAUGGAACCAAAGAGCAGUCGCCAACCAAAGCAAAAGCUGCUGGCAUCAAACAAAAGAAAACCAGUCCUAAGAAGGCAGCAAAGGAGAAGUCGCCACUGGACUCAUCAAAGAAGGCUGCAGGAAAGAAAAAUAAGGACACAGAAAAUACUCCAACCAAAGUGUCUUGUCAAAAGAAGCAAAAGAAACAAUGUGCACCUGUGCUGGAGCAGAGUCUAUCAGCGGUGAAACUUUCUCCACAGAGUACAGAGCCGACUCCGAGGGACAAGAUCAGUCCCAACAAGGUUGAGCAACUAACCCGCAACAAAUCAGACAGCGGCAGCAGUGCUCAGAGUGUAGAGACUCCAGUGUCUCUCAGUCGCUCUGCUCUAUCCAGUAAGGAGGCCGAAGCUACAGGGAGCUCCUUCCCACGGCUCAGGAGAGGACGACGGCGAGCUGAUGAGGCUCGACUCGACCUCUGGGGCUUUGCAACACCUUCCCCUCCACCCCCACAAAUGCCUCCUCCCCCAGUUUCCCCGUCACCCCCCGUGACUCCCACCCAACCCGUUCGCCGUCCGAGAGGGAGGCCUCGCUCAAACCCCCUGCCUGAGCGAGUGAUUCAGGGCAAGGGCAAGACAGCCAGUGCAGGGGGUGACAUGCCUGCUCCCAAGAAACGCCGGCGAUGUCGUAGCAAAAAGUAUCAGACUGGGGAAUACAUCACUGAGAAAGACAAGCUGGAAGAUGGAGAGCACCUUGAAGAAUCUCACUCCCUGAGACAGAACCGCGGAGUCCCAGCAGAUCCACAGGCGGAUCAGUGUCCGAGUCCCACCGCCUGCAGUCCAGAGCCUCCUCCACGGAGACCCUCGUUCACUCGCUCGGGGUCGGUCCGCUACCAGGAGAGCGAGGUAUCUCCAGAGUUCAAUGACAAGCCUUCAGGGAAGAGGAAGUUCAAAAGCAAGCACUUGAGUGACAACGAGGAGCAAAAGAUUAAGACCAAACGCAGCAGCUUGGGCAAGCGUGCUGCCUCACUUGCCCUGGAUGAUGAUGGUGCUGAUGUAAAAAGACCAGAGUCCCCCCCACCCACUCCAAAAAGUUUGCCGUCAUCUCCAUCCAAUAAGAAAGGCUCAUCAGGGAGAUGCAACGGCUCAGACCCUCCACCGAAAAGGGUUGUUCCUCCGGAGGUUCGGCGGCUGAUUGUCAAUAAAAAUGCCGGGGAGACUUUGCUGCAACGUGCUGCACGCUUGGGCUAUCAGGAUGUAGUUCAGUACUGUCUUGAAAAGGACGUCAGGGAGGUGAAUCGGCGCGAUAAUGCUGGUUACACAGCUCUCCAUGAGGCGUCCUCUCGAGGCUGGACUCAGAUUGUCCAGAUGCUGCUGAAACACAGUGCUGACGUCAACUGUAGCGCCCAGGAUGGGACACGGCCUCUUCAUGAUGCUGUAGCGAGUGAUAACCUUCCUAUAGUCUGGUUGCUCCUGAACCACGGUGCAGACCCGACUCUGGCCACCUACUCUGGACACACUCCAGUCAAACUGGCACAUAGUCCGAACAUGAAGACCUUCCUCACAGAAUAUUUCACAGACCUGGAAGGCCGCAAAGAACAGGAUCUCAGUUUUCCCUGGGAUUUCUACAGUAGCUCCCUGUUUGAGACGGACCAGGAGCCAUGCUGGGACUUCCUGCUGUCGGAGCAGAACCAGGAGCUGGAGGAGGAUGCAACGGGAAGGACUGAGCCGGACUCGGACAAAGAUUGCCUUCUGUUUGAGUUCUCCUCCGAGCCUCUCUUACCCUGCUAUCAUGUUCAAGUGUCAUUAACCCAGGGCUUUUGCAACUGGUUUCUUCUGACAGACGUCCUGAAGCGUCUGAAGAUGUCAGCGCGGAUCUUCCGGGCGCGUUACCCACACUUGGAGGUGGUGAGUCUGUCCCGUGCUGAGCUCUGGAGGCAGGUAUCGAUCAGCCAGGUGAGCUCUGCUUUGGCUUCACCUUACAAAGGCAAAAAUAAGGAGGAAGAAGAGAAGGAAGAGGGACUCGUGGAUCUGGUGCGAUGUGUCCCAGAGCUGCAGAGACUACUGGGCUCCUCCAUUCACAUCCUGCAAGAGGAUGAGGAGGAGGAGGAGGAGGAGGAGGAGGAGGAGGAGACACUGACAAACACAGGGAAGCCUCGCAGCCGAUAGCCUCUCUUUCACCGCACUCCUCCACCGUGCAAACUGUUGUCAACCCAAGUCCUUCCCUGCAAGCAGCAGCUCAAAGGCAACCUCUCCGUCCGAUGAAACGAGGGUCAUGGGUUUUAACUCCAGCGACAGAAAUGACACUCCACCUAAAACCUUUGACCUCAGACAGAAGGGAUUAAGUGAUCACAAGGACCUGCACAUGGGAGUGGUCGGUUCAGCUUUCAGGUUCCUAUCAAUAGGUAUAUUUGAAUACAUGAGAACUGUUGAGCAAACCUUUUGUAUUAAUUAUGUAUGUACAUGGUAGUGUAUAUGUAUAUCUUGCCAUCAGGGUUAAAACAUUUGUUUAUAUAAAUGUAUUCUUGUGGCUAAAGAAUUAUGUUGUUUAGGACUUUUUGUUUGAGUUUGUUCCCAAGGGAAAGCGAUAUUUUUUUCGGGAGAUAAUCCAAGACUUUUAUCUUGGUGAACUGUUGCGUAAAGCUAAGACACUUAAGUCAGGGAGGCCACUGGCCCAGAUGGUUCCUCUGUCAACCUGGGAGACCUGGAGACCUGCAGAGAAGAGACCACGGCACAUAAUCAUCAAAUAUAAUGAGAGCUUCAUUUCCAUUUUUCUCCACUGUUUCAUUUUUCACUUUAUCCUCCUCGGGCUUACAAUGUUUAUUUUUCUUCAACAUUUCACAAAGUAAGCGCGGGCAGCACGGAGCGGUCUACGUCCCUGCACGCAGUAUGAAAUAAUGUCUUUUUGGACCUUGAGAUUGAGAGUUUGUUUACAGAGCUGGACAGAUAGUAGUGUUCUCCACUCCCCAGGUUGCACUCCUCCUAAACUGAUACAUAAUCCUUUGGAUCUCUCUCAGAGGAAAAGUGGUACCAUCUCUGGAGUCCAGAGGCGGCUCCUGUGUCUGAGGAGCCGAAACGCCCUCUUAACUGCAGCCACGUCCGAUAUGGUGUUCCCAGAUCCCAGAGUGCUUUGUGUUGCAGUGUUUUAUUUACACUGUUUGUUGUGCUUAAUUUAAUAGUCAUUAAUAUAUUUGACCUCUUGUGUAUCUGACAAGCCUAUCUAUGAAAAAAAAUUGCUUUGUAUGGUUGGUGCUUAAUUUUGAAAUGUACUUAUUAGGAUCCCUUUAUUCUGAGAUUUUCCUCCCUCAUUCAAGAACAGUAUUUCAAAAAAGAGAAGCUAAAGUACAGUUGUAUUGUACUGGUGCUAAGACAGAUUUUGUGUUGACAAUCAAUGAUGUUUUGGUUUGAAGUCACAAACUAAUAAAAGAUAUUUAAGAUGAAGAGACUUAAGGUGUAAAGAAAAGUAUAGUUUAGUUAAAGAAAACGGGAUACAGCUUGACUGAGACUGAGCAGUGUGUGAAGAGCCUUUUAUUUGAUUCUUUUAUAAGAAAUCAACAAGAAUAAAGCAUGAUUGUAAAUCAUAGUUAUCUCUUUGUUUUGUCAGUUGGAUUAUUAUAAUGAUAGCUGAAUUGAAUAUUCAGGGCGGAACUCUCCCUCAGGUGUAUUUCAAAUAAUCCCUUCUGCCUUAGACAUUUUACUGAAUAAAGAGAAAUCAUA